AGACUCCAGCGCAUUGAGAUCAACGUAUUUUGUACAGAGGGGAGGAAAGCUUGUUUUCAGACAAACUCGCUUGUAGCUCGUUUACUACAUCAUUACGAGUAAAAAGAGGCAUAAUUCGUGUACCAAAAACGUUUUGCUCGCGAGUUAUUGAUCCGGAAAAGUCGAAUCUGUGAAUAUCUUGCCAGUUUUACCGAACUCCUUUGGGCUUGUUUUUGAAGCUCCAGUUGCUUAUUUGUCUCGCGAGAGUUGGCAACUGUGAUAGUGGACCUAGUUUGGACGUCGAAUAGAUGUUCAGAAAUGUUCAUGGACCGACGGACCUAAUUUAGACAUGAUCUGCACAUCUAUCCGUCGUCCAAUGUUUAGUGGGCUGAUUGAUUAGUUUUAUUGUUAUUUAUACAUUUCACGUUUUUAAUAAUAUGUUCAGAGUUCAUUUGAGUUAAUAAUACUCCGCCUCUGAGUAACUCCCACCCUUUACGUCAAUUCAGAAGUGAAAGUAAAAUUCAAAUUGAUCGUUUUGGGCGAAUUUUCACGCACCAUCUGUUACUGCAAUCACUUAUAGUUGAAAGACAUGAUCGGUUUGUUUGAAUUCGCCCAUUUGAAGAUGCACCUGCCGAACUGUGUUUUGAUGUCACUAUUAUUGAUGAUCGCUAAUGGGUUGACUGUACUUGGCCCCUCUGGUCCUCUGGUUGCUCCUCUGGGAUCUUCAGUGGUUUUGCCCUGUUCUGUUGAUGAACUUUUAUCAGUGGAGGGUCUGGAGGUGGAAUGGAGAAGAACAGACUCUGAGACUUUAGUUCAUCUGUAUCAGGACGGUGAGAGUCAAACAGAAUCCCAGCAGCAGGAUUAUCAGGAUAGAGCUCAUUUCUUCACUGAUCAGAUUCAACAUGGAAACUUCUCCCUCCGGCUGGACAAUCUGAGAGCUGAAGAUGAAGGACAGUAUAAAUGCAAAGUUUACAUUCAGCAAGAGUCUGGUGAGACUGUGGUUCAGAUAAAAGUUAAUGCUGAGCGUUUGACAGUAUCAGGAUCGAGUCGCUCAAUAUCUGCGUCUGUGGGUGAAGAUGUCACUCUGAGCUGCUCUGUAGACUCUCACAUCCCACCUGAAGACUUUGAAGAGGUUUCAUGGAAGAAAACAGAUGAAGAUAUUCAGGUUCUGCUCUACCAAGACAAUGAGGCACAUUCAUCAAAUGAGCGAUAUACAGACAGAGUUGAGUUCUUCCCUGCUGAAAUCCCCAAAGGAAACUUCUCUCUAAGACUGAAGAGCGUCAGAACUGAGGAUCAAGGAGUUUACAUGUGUCUAGUGUUUGCUGGAGGACUUUCAGCCAAUGCAACUUCAGUACUUGAGCAACUAGGUUUCUCUGUUUCACACACAAUGGUGUUGAUUCUCUGUAUUGCUGCAUCUGGAUCGGCAAUUCUGCUCUGCUGUCUGAUCUACUGCAGAUCCAAAUUUUUCACAGACCCCAUUGCAACCAAACGUUUUAGGACUAUUGGGGUUCUUCAUGCAUUUCUUCCAAAUAUUAUGAUGUUUAUGGCUUUUGUUCUCUGGGGUCUUACAGAAGGAUUUCUGUACGAGACAGUCUCUUGCUGUGCUCUGUAUAUCCAGAGACCUCUGAUGUUGAUUUAUGUAGCACCAUAUUUAGAGCACAUGCCAGAUUUAGCACUUCAGUCUGAAUAUUUCCUCGUAACAGUGGUUUAUUCUUCAGUUCUUUUUAGCCAUGCCUGGGAAAAAAUGGUGCAUUAUGGAGACUUUGAUAAAUUCAUGAUAAUCAGUACAUUUGGAGUCUUCACUUUGCUCUGUGUCAUCUACAUCCUUUACUUAUUGACUGGAAAGAAGAAGCCAUGCCAUGGACCGAUAUCAGAAUGUGCAUGGGGUAUAUUGACAUCUGUAGCUGCAUUCAUCUUUUUUAUUCUGCCUUCAUUACACGUCACCGUCCUGUAUAUUGCUUUUGGAGCUGCCAGAGGAGGUUUUUUUGUUGCCAUAAUGUUCCCAAUAAUCUUUUUUAUGUCAUUUUUCUGUUUGACUGGCCUGAACGAGAGGAAAUGCUGUUCAGUUUUUCUCCGUAAAACUACAUGGAUAUCCUUCACGUUUAUGAUGAUGGUAGUAGUUAUUUGUUUCUGCAUCAGAACGAUGAAAAAUGAAAAAGAUGUUGCUGCAGGAUGGAUCUGCACGACUGUAUUUCAGCAAGUGCUGUGGAUGAUUGCAGUUUAUAAUGCUAGUAAUGAAGAGCUAGAUCUAACCCUCACCUUUAAAAUGAUUUUGUAUGCGUUGGGAUCCACUGGUGUUGUUUUGCUGAAUGUUGUUGCACUGAUGACAGAAAUUAUACUAAAAACAGUUAAUGCUGAGCGUGCAGUUGGCGAUCUAAGAGUUGUUGUGUUCUCCUCUGAAAGCAUCUUUACUCUUUCUCUGCUGAUUUUGCUAAUGUUUGGACACUGGAUUUCAGACAUGAAAACUCCACGGUGUUAUCAGAACCAGAAUACAGCAGCAUCUGAUGAAACUCCAGCCAAUGGAUCAAACCAAGAUCAAAAUGCAAUGGAAUCACAUGAACUGAAUCUUAUACCCAAUCAAGAGGCUAGUGUGAGUGACACCACAAAAACUAAGACAUAUUCAGUGGAAUCACAAACAUUCAAUAAGGGAGAAAGACUCAACUUGAUCCCAAUUUGUAUGAAAUAAAUGUUGAGCUAGCUUGAAAAAAUAAGUCAACCUAUAACUCACCUGUUACACCACAUUACUCAAAAGGGAUGUAACAAAAAUGGGGACACAUGAGAAAGACAGAAUUGCAUGCAAAAAUUAUUAACAAAAUUAAUAAUUAACUAUACUGAAUUUUUUAUAUAUAUAUUAUUAUAUAUAUAUAUAUGUUAUUUCAUAUCAAGCGUAUGGUUUUCAAACAUAACUAUAGGAACAAUAUUUCCCUGUUAAAACUAGAGGCAAACAUUAUAAACUCAUAGUCAGGGGUGCAACUAUCCAGUGUUAGAGGGGUAUGCAGCAAAAAAAAAAAAAAAAAAAAAAAAAAAAAAAAAAAAAUUGCCCCCCCCCCCACUUCUGAAUAAAUAAGUGUGCCGGACAUCAUCAUUUAUGUGCUUGAAAUAAUAAAUGUUUAUAAUAAAGUAUAUCAGAUAGCCACUGUAAGACUACCAUAAUUAUUUUGUCUAUAUGUACACACACACACUGGAAGUGAUGCAAUAUUGACAGAUUUCAGCAUUAUGAGUCAAUAACAAGAUCAUCUGUUGCACCAAAAUCAACCGCUUACUUUCAGAA